UUAUGUAAUGUUGUAAUAUAUACUUAUUGCCUUCUAGCUCUUCUUUCUCUCUCAACUUUUUGUUCUAGGGUUUUCUUCCCUUUCAACUCUUUUUUUUUUUUUUAAAUCUAAUGGUGAAAUAUUCUUUAAUCAUAGGAGAAUCAAGGGACAAAGCUUGAAAAUUUGUCACAACACCAAGAAGAUCAAGAGGAUGUCUUCUACCUGCAGCUACUCUAAUCCUCCAUGCGCGGCUUGCAAAUUCUUGAGAAGAAAAUGCUUGCCAAGUUGCGUUUUUGCACCUUAUUUUCCUCCUGGGGAGCCAAUAAAGUUCACAACGGUACACAAAGUAUUCGGGGCCAGCAAUGUGAGCAAGCUCUUGAACGAAAUCGAGCCUCAUCAGAGAGAAGAUGCAGUCAAUUCUCUAGCUUAUGAAGCUGAGGCGCGGUUAAAAGAUCCUGUCUAUGGAUGUGUAGGAGCAAUUUCAGUUCUUCAAAGGCAAGUAAUUCGCCUCCAGAAGGAACUCGAUGCCACGAAUGCUGAUUUAAUGCGAUACGCGAAUUAUGAACAAGUUAAUAAUAAUCAACAAAUGGUAAAUCAUCAAGAAAGGAAUAAUUUUCAAUAUGGGAGAAAAAUGGUUAAUCAUGGUUACUAUAAUUAUACUUCUGCAUGGAACAAUGGUAUUUCAGGAGAUCACAACAAUAUUGGUACUGAUAAUUGUACUGAUGGUGGAAGGUGAGGAAUUGAAGUCCAGAAUCACUAAUUAAGUUGAUUUUGGUAAUUAACUUUGAAUGUACAAAAUAAAUAUUGUAUAUUUGGUGGAUUAUUGAGUGUUAAUCGUACGUUAUAUAGGUGGAGAUAUAUGUUCGAUUUAUGCUAAAAUAAUGUAGGCUUAACUAUCAAGGUAUUGUUGUAUUUGUUCCAA